CGCGAUACGUUUACAUAGUGUCAAAUCGAUACCGGCACUGUUCUCUGUGACUCUGCCAUGAUCUGCCGCACGGCACGCUGCGUGUCAUGAGCAUGACGAACUAACUGAACCGUGCAGUUCAGCUAAUACACAGCGUAUCCCAUAUUCCCAGGUGGCAUAUGCCGCGCAACGUCAAGUUGCGUUCGGCUCGGGGGUUAAGAAUGCCGGGGCUGAACGUUGCAACGGGUUUGGUCGCAGCAGCCGCGACCGUCGGAGCACUGCUGGUAGCUAGCAAAUGGUUUUUGAGGAACACUUCUAUUCGCCCCAAGCCAGUUGUCAUCGCCGGUGGACAGCAGCACCAAGCACCGGUCGAUGGGCCAGCAACGGAUGCCCCACCUGACGGUGGCCCCGUAUCCCAGGAAGCUCGGCAGCUUGCAGCGCUGUACGGUAAAAUGGCGGACGACUUCGCCGCACAAGACCUCAACCAUGCUGCCAUCGAGCCUCUCAAGUCCUGGUUCCACGGCUUGGAGUCGCCCUCCGACACUCCCUGGCCCAAAAAGUAUACCGAGCUGGAUCCACCGUUGCAGUUCGGUGCCAUACGACUGCUGGUCGUACCGCUGGAUGACUCACCUGCCGUACUCCGCAUUGCGGCCGCCGUAACGGCUGACGUCAUGCGGCGGUUGCCUCAGGGCACCAAGGUCUUCGCCAACGCGCGCGGUAACUACCAUUGCACUGUCUUCCACACCUCCCAGCCCACCGACCCGCGCCCCGACCCCACCCGCCCCGACGGCGGCACCGACCUCUCCCUGGCCCCGCACCUGCGGCGGCUGCCCACCGCCGCGGAGUGGGAGCGGGAGCUGGAGGCCGUGAGGCGUCUGGUGGCGGAGACACCCGUGCCAGUGCUGAGGUUGGAGCGGGUGGUGCAAGCCUCUUCCGGUGUGCUGCUGCUGACGUGGACGGAGGUGGGCGAGGGGGCGGCCAUCUCAGGUUUGCGCCACCGCCUGCGGGAGACCUUCCCUGGAGCCUCCACCAAGCAGGCCACCAUCAUUCACUCCUCGCUGCUGCGGAUCGUGAGCUCGGAGCCGCUGGGACGGGCGGCGGUGGAAGAGGUGUCGGCCGCCUGCCAGCGCUGGACGGAGCGGCUGAGGGGCACCCUGUACCGCCCCAAGACGCUCUGGUUCAUUCGGGAAACCGAGUUCUCCACCGUUGUGGGAGAUCGGGAGGUGCUCACGCUUGCGGAUGCGUCAGCGCCGC